UCGUCGGUGGGCCCCGGCGAAGACGGACUUUCCGGUGCUGAUGUCCGCGAUGUUGGGAUCGAAGGCGGGGUUGGGUCAGGUGAGGGGCGAGGGUUUUGACCCGAGGUCGGAGUUGGGGUUGAAGCCGAAGGGUUCCGCCAAGGUUGUUAGCGAGCGGAUAAUGAGCGUUCGAUUCUUGCCGUUUGUUGAUCGGACGGUGGUUGUUGUUGGGAACAAGAUUGGGAAUCUAGGGUUUUGGGAUUUGGAUUUCGGAGAAGGGGACGGUGGUGGGAUUUAUGUUUAUCAUCCUCAUUCGGGUCCGGUUUCGGGGAUUUCGGUUCAUCCCUUCUCUCCGAGGAAGAUAUUUACAAGUAGCUAUGAUGGGUUUGUUCGUUUGAUGGAUGUUGAAAAAGGGUCUUUCAACAUGCUAACUUCAAGUGAUGAUGCUUUCUUCUCGAUUUGUCAAUGGCCUGAAGAUGUCAAUUCGCUGUAUAUUGGAGAAGGCGGAGGAAUGUUGAAGGUCUUAGAUGAGAGGGAGGGAAAAGAUUCGAACUUUUGGCAGUUGCAUGAAGGUAGGAUAAAUACAGUUGAUUUUAAUCCAGAAAACCCACAUUUGAUGGCUACGAGUUCCUCUGAUGGGUUAGCUUGCAUUUGGGAUUUGAGGAGUAUGAAGAAAGACAAGCCAGAUGUUAUAAACUCCGUAGGCCACGGGAGGGCUGUUCAUGCUGCUUAUUUUUCGCCUAGUGGGAAAUUUCUUGCUACUACAAGUCUUGACGAUAAAGUUGGUAUCGCAAGUGGCACCGACUAUGGAGAACUGUCAAUGGUAUCGCAUUACAAUCAGACAGGGAGAUGGCUAUCGGCUUUCAGGGCGAUAUGGGGAUGGGAUGAUUCGUACGUAUUCGUCGGAAACAUGAAGAGGGCAAUUGAUGUUAUAUCCACCGCCAACAACACAACGACAUCCCUCGAUAGCCCAGAUAUAAUGACUUCAAUCCCCUGCAGGUUUGCUGCUCACCCUUACAAACCGGGGCAUCUAGCUGGCGCAACGAGCGGAGGCAAGGUCUUUUUGUGGACGAAGGAGUCAUGA